CGAACCGGAGGAACAUAGACCUGGUGCUCCUUGUCGUGGGAAAUCGUGCGUGUGUUCUUGGCUCUUCGUCGUCCGUAAUUUUAGGAGUUUCUUCGAGUGAAAAGCGAUGAGACUAGUGUCUGACAUCUACAAUGAGAAUAUUGAACCGUCACUAGGAGGAAUCACAAAGCCACUAACACAACACUACGUUACUGUAGAUAGCCUAACGUCCUGGGGAGCUAAAGACAGCAGUGGUAGCAGCAACCGUCCCAUACCGACCGACUACAGCCAUAUCCCUUGUGCGGAAGGACCCUGGCACGACGCGAGUCCGUUUCCGUGUGAUGAGCAGAUCAAUCAGCGAUUCGUAAUUUGGGAAGGGGACAUUUCACUGCUGGAAAUCGAUGCGAUUACCAAUACCACCGAUGAGACACUGACCGAGAAGAAUCGGAUUUCGAAGAAGAUUUUCGGACGAGCCGGUGCCGCCCUAACCUCCGCUGUGGUGCAUGACGUCGGAAGAUGCAAAACCGGUGAAGUUUGUGUAACGCCAGGAUUCUUUCUGCCUGCGAAGUACAUUAUCCACACCGUUGGCCCUAUCUACAGUGAGAAAUAUCGUUCCGCGUCCGAGAGUACGCUACAUUCCUGUUAUCGAAACGUUUUGUACAAAGCAAAAGAGCUAGGAUUAAGAACCGUUGCUUUAUGUGAUAUUAGCUCAGUGCAGAGAAAUUUCCCACCAGACACUGCUGCACACAUAGCACUACGAACCAUCCGCCGUUUUCUGGAGCAAUACCGCGCCGAGAUUGUGAUAGCCUGCCUUGAACCGAAUGAGCGCGGCAUCUACGAGGUACUAGCGCCGCUCUACUUUCCCCGCGACCCGCUCGAGGAACGAAGUGCCCUGUGGCAGCUGCCGAAGGACGUCGGCGGCGCGUAUGGUGAACCGCAGCUAGCUGAUCGCCAGAUCCGCAUCAUUCACAAUCCACAGCACUCCGUCAUGAUCGAAGCUGACGACGAUUCCGAUACCAGUCCGCACGAUUUGGAGAUGGGUUCCGAUGUGGAAUAUAACAACAUCAAUCUCAGCUUGGCCACCCACCUGACCGGAGGAACGCACUCGUUUACACAAAUGCAGGGUGACCUCGACCGCCAGCGGCUAUUAGGCGAUCGUCCUCGGAUGGUGUACGAGAGCGUGCUGGACGAAGGCCUGGAAGGACUCGAACACCAAGAAAGUUCACCAUUACUGGUGGAUUGCGAAACCACCGAAACGUACUGCCCGGACGCGAUCGGCCACGUCCUGGCAACGCACAUUGGCAAACGGACCCGCAUUCUGGAUGGGUCCUUUACCUAUGUGGAACUGAUGAAACACUACAGCUCCUCGCUCGACGAUCCCGAGUGGCACAAGGAUAACCUAUACGAACGGUUGCUGCGUCGAGCAAAGACAGAGGACCUCACGGAAGUGUCCGGCAUCGGAUGUCUCUAUCAGAGCGGAGUGGAUCGACUCGGGCGGCCGGUGGUCGUAUUCUGUGGCAAAUGGUUCCCCGCACAAAAUAUCGAUCUGGAAAAGGCCCUGCUCUAUCUGAUAUACCUGCUGGAUCCCAUCGUUAAGGGUGACUACGUGAUCGCCUAUUUCCACACCCUCACCAGCUCCAACAACUACCCGUCGCUGCAGUGGCUGAAGGACGUCUACAGCAUAUUGCCGUACAAAUACAAGAAGAACUUGAAGGCAUUCUACAUCGUGCACCCGACGUUCUGGACUAAGAUGAUGACCUGGUGGUUCACGACAUUCAUGGCUCCGGCCAUCAAAACCAAGGUUCACUCACUGCCCGGCGUUGAGCACCUGUACUCCGCCAUCACUAAGGAUCAGCUGGAAAUUCCCGCCUACAUCACCGAGUACGAUAUGGCGACGAACGGAAUCCACUACUUCCAACCAAUCACCAACACCUCAUCGCCUGCAUCCUAAGGAUCUUCACCGCACCCACAAUCAUCAACUACUGCAUCGUCUCCUCAGAUAAUUAAGAUGAUCAAGCUCAGUAGUGAAUCGAUUCUCAUAGAUAUUCAUGCUCCAAAGUUCCGUUUGCAACCCAUCAUGAUCAUCAUUCUCGUACCAGUUCGUAGCUGUGUGAAGCACUAAAUUUUCAUUUUUCGCCUAAUUUUCACCGAGCAAAACGAAACAUUUCGGCGUACUCUUUCAUAUGUAGUGUGUAAUUGAAUCAUCUUAAAAUACUGAACAUACCAAAAAUAAAAUCGACAACACUGUUCUAAACGAAACAAGAUGAAAACUAUUUGCUUCCUUUCCACCGUUGAAUAUAGAGAAGAUGAUUAUUGAAAAUAAGUGAGGAUUAUUGGCAGAAACUGAAGAAAACGUCUACACCCAUAUUUAGAGAACUAAAAAAAAAACAACAAUCUAGCGAAAGGAGCUGAAGGCGACGGAAAUCUGUAGCUAACAAAUAUUAUUCUUAACGUUUUAUCGAGACUAUGGUUAAAAUGCUAUAUACCUACAUUUAAUAAAGCAAAGCAACUAAUUGCUAGGAGAACAAGGGUUAAUUAACUGAUACAAGAAACACACACACACACACAACUUUGUUAUAGAAUUAGUGAAAAACAAGAAUAUAUAAGCAAGAGCGCGGCUGACGUGAAAAUGUUAUUUAGAAGAGGACCCGCCCCAAACCAGCAAAUAGAAGCAACCCGGAAGUAUAAACACAAAAAAAAGAAAUCCCUAGGAUAUUAAUGCUGCUAUGCGGCUUUUGUUGUAGAGGAAGCUUGAAUUUAGUCGACGUGUUAAGCAAAGCAACACGAACACAAAACACAACAACAGCAUUCCCUUGCGCUUAUGAACCGAAACAACAAGUAUAAGAAACA